UCUGGGACUAUGCAAGUGCUUGGAUUUGUUUACAAUGUGGAAACUUUUGAUAUUGUCGAUGUGCCUGCAGCUUUAUAUCGGUUCCGAGUGCUCAACAUUACCUAAGAAUAUCAAGAAGUGCCAUUUUGGAGAUACAACCUGCAUUAGGGACACGGCAAAUGCUCUGAUACGCAGCUUUCCCAAGGGCAUACCCUCGGUGGGCUUCAAGCCGAUUGAUGUCGUCGAUGUCAAGGAUACGGUGCUCAUCAAUGAUAGACAGGUGGGCGUCACCUGGUAUUUUUUCGAGCUGCUCAAUCAGAUCAAUUAUGGUUUCGAGAACACAACUAUUACGGAAAUCAGGGGCUUCGACGAAGAUCCCAGCUUAACGAAAAUCGAAGUUAAGGGCCAUCUGCCUAGGCUUAUAUACAGAGGCACAUAUAAUGCGCGGGGCCGUUUACUCUGGCUGAUUAAUAUUAAUUCAUCCGGCGUCUCUGAAUCGGAAUUCUUGAAUUUUCAUUUCGAUUUCACGCUGAAAGUGCAAACGGAAUAUCGUAAUAAUAAGCGAUAUCUAAAGAUCUAUCAGCUGGUGCCGAAUAUUUCUGUGGAUCGCUGGAUACAAUGGCUGGAGAAUUUUUUUCCAGAAAAUACCGAUUUGACAAUAUUUAUUAAUAAAAUAUUCAAUGCAAAUUGGGUUGAGUUUUGGAAUGAGCUCGAAAAGCCCAUAUUGGAAGUAUUCACAGGUGUAUUCCUGAGCAUUAUCGAGGAUAUAUUUCAUAAUGUUUCAUACGAUGACAUGUUUCUCUCGAAUAAGUAUAAAAAUAAUGAUAAUUGAAUUAAAAACAAG